ACACACACAUACACACACACUCUCACCAUACACACACAUAGCAGGUGUAAUUUAUCCCGCGCGGGAGAAAAGGUGUGGACAAUGGCGGGAAAGGCCACGUGACGUGGCGAGCACUCAGCCUCCAUGACACGAGACAAGAGUGCAGACCCGCAGCCAUGAGUUCUUCCUUCCCGCCAUCUGACUCCACGACCUCCUUGCUGAAAUCGUCCUCCAGAAGACCCCCGCAGGUCCACCAGCGUCCGCGCAGUCACCAUCCGCACCGCCACCACCGCGCCGCCGAGCAGGCUAGUUGUCUGCCCGCGGAGAGCGAGGUGAGUGGCCGCCGUCCUCUCUGCCGCCCCUCCUCGCCCGUGACGGACGGAGGUGAGUCGCCGCGGGUCAAGUGUGGCUCCCACGCGGCUGCUCGCCAGGACGCGGCUGAUGCUGACGAGGACGGCGGCCGCGGCGCGCACCGACAUCACCGCAGGAAGCACAACCGCGAGGAGCGACAAGCGGCGCUCGGACCACCGGAAGCCGAACCUCCGCGACGUUGCCGCGCUCGCCCGCCCCCCAGGGUGCCGUCUUUUCCGGACAGCCACGACGACAGGACUCCGCUCUGUGAGCCCCGGGAGCGGAGGAGAGUCGCUGCGGGGAAAAGCGGCUGUCAGGUUGCCGCCAGCUCUCCUGUGCCGCCGUCCAGCUCCUCUUCCCGGCGCUCGCGGAGGUCCAGCGCCGCGUCUUCAGCCUCGGACGUCAAUUUACGUUCCGUCCUUCAUUCACUCUUUGGUCAGGACCGAGAGCUACGUCCAGAAGAAAUGGAUGAGUUGCGUGAUGCGUUUAAAGAGUUUGAUAAGGACAAGGAUGGUUUUAUCAGCUGCAAAGACCUGGGAAACUGCAUGAGAACGAUGGGGUACAUGCCCACGGAAAUGGAGCUGAUCGAGCUGAGUCAGCAGAUCAACAUGAACUUGGGAGGUCAUGUGGAUUUUGAGGAUUUUGUGGAGUUGAUGGGUCCAAAACUUCUUGCCGAAACAGCAGACAUGAUCGGGAUAAAAGAAUUAAAAGAUGCCUUCAGAGAGUUUGACACAAAUGGAGAUGGUGCCAUCAGUACGUCUGAGCUGCGAGAUGCGAUGCGUAAACUUCUGGGCCAUCAGGUGGGCUUGAAUGAAGUGGAGGACAUUCUACGGGAGGUUGAUUUGAACGGAGAUGGGCUCGUCGACUUUGAAGAGUUUGUACGAAUGAUGUCUCGUUAAGACCACAGAAAGAUGGGUCUUGAAUGUGAAGCCUUGUCCCUGGCAGUACUUAAUCCAGUCCACCAGGACAGGCUACGUUCUCUGAGCCUUUCAAAAAAAAUUGACCGACACUGGAAAAUUUCAAGUCUUUGAAUGUUCUAGAGUGAAGAGUCACCUCAAACCUUCAAUCAAAAAGUGUUCUUCCAGUCCCACUGAGGCAGAAGUGGCUGUAGCCUAGCUGGUGAUUGUACAUCUGUCUUCUUGCACUUUAACUCUCACUCAGUAACUUCCUGCUGUCUGCUCUCUUCUUCUCCAUGAAAUGUUGCCUUCUGUGUUAGACCACGUCGGGAUAAGCCUGUAGAAACAAUUUAGAGUGGCUACAUUGUUCAAAGUGUGACUAGGUUUCCACUUUCGAUGUGUGUAGAUUCAAACGAGUAUGUUAAAUGUUCUUUGUGUGACCUUGGCGCUCCACUUGAAAGCCCAUGUAGCAAUACAACCUGCAGUCCUGCUCAAAAGUUGACAAACACUUGUGAAGGACAUCCUGUCAUGGCUGUCUUCAGGUUCCAAUCUUUUCUACAACUCUGAACUUUCCUCCAGAAGGUCUUAUCGUUGUCCAUGUGAUGUCAGAUUCAUUAAAAAAUGUUGCUGUUUGGCCACAAUACCCAGCGAUAUGUUUGGAGGAGAAAAGGUGAGGCCUUUUAAUCCCAGGAACACCACACCUACCGUCAAGCAUGGUGGUGGUAGUAUUAUGCUCUGGGCCUGUUUUGCUGCCAAUGGAACUGAUGCUUUAAAUACGACAAUGAAAAAGGAGGAUUAGGUCCAAAUUCUUCAGGACAAGCUAAAAUCAUCAGGAGGGAGGUUGGGUCUUGGGCACAGUUGGGUGUUCCAACAGGACAAUGACCCCAAACACACCUCAAAAGUGGUAAAGGAAUCCCAAAGUCCUGACUUAAAGGUGUGGACAAUGCUGAAGAAACAAGUCCAUGUCAGAAAAGCAACACAUUUAGCUGAACUGCAGCAAUUUUGUGGUGAAAAAUGUAAACAGAAGCUUGUGGAUGGCUACCAAAGGCACCUUAUUGCAGGUAAACUUGCCAAGGUCACAUGUAAGCAAAUAUGAACAUUGCUGUACGUAUACUUUUGAUUGCUGACAUCUUCAGUAGAGCCAAAAUAAAUUCAUAAAAGAAGCAAACUUCAUGAAUGUUUUUUGUGAGCAACAAGUAUGUGCUCCAAUCACUACAUCACAAAAAAACAAGAGUUGUAGAAAUGAUUGUAAAGUCGAGACAGCCAUGACAUCAUGUUCUCUACAAGUGUACCUACACUUUUGACCACCACUGUAUGUGAGCACCUGUGAUUUGUCCCUGUGCCAGUCUAGUCCCAGUGCCAGUCUAGUCCCAGUGCCAGUCUAGUCCCUGUGCCAGUCUAGUCCCUGUGCCAGUCUAGUCCCAGUGCCAGUCUAGUCCCUGUGCCAGUCUAGUCCCUGUGCCAGUCUAGUCCCAGUGCCAGUCUAGUCCCUGUGCCAGUCUAGUCCCUGUGCCAGUCUAGUCCCAGUGCCAGUCUAGUCCCUGUGCCAGUCUAGUCCCUGUGCCAGUCUAGUCCCAGUGCCAGUCUAGUCCCUGUGCCAGUCUAGUCCCUGUGCCAGUCUAGUCCAGUGUCAUGAAGAUGCUGCAAGACUCCCCUUAGAUGUGAGUCCUCCAAGUCUGCCAUCACAGACCAGGGGUGUCCAAACUUUUUCCACUCGGGCAGCACACGUCAUAAUUUAUAAAUGAUGUGCAAUAAAACCAAUAAA